UAAGACGGUCACAGAUGGCACACUUUGUUGUUUGCGGGUCGUCGAAAAUGGCAGUGUCUCCGAUCUUAUAUUUAAUAGUCUUUUAACUUUGUCUCUGUUGCGAAUAAAAAUGUUUUUUUGUCAGUGUUCCUCUUUUGUUUGAUACAAUGUCAGAUUCAAAUUCACCUAAAGCAGAUUCAAGUAAUCCUAGUCCCUUGGGUAACUUACGGCAAUUCCGUUUUCAAAAGAAAGUGAAAAGAAUAAAUAUGUCUGAUGAUGACAGUAAUUUAGUAACUCCUGACAUACAAUCACACCGGAGACCUGUCAAUCGUAUUGAAGAUAGUGACAGUGAUAUUGGAAGCCCUGUCAAAGUAAAUGCUACAAAUUCAGAAAUAGAAAAAGAAUCUGAAGAUAAACAGAAGGAAGUAAAACUCAAAUAUUUAACUACAUUAUAUCCACAAAAUGAUACAGUUUAUAUACAAGAAGUACUUAAUAAUGUUAAUUGGAAUAUCGAAGAAGCUGAAGACAUCGUUAAAAAACACAGAAAACGAAGUUUAAAAGGAUCCAGUAAAAGUAGCUAUAAAAAACGUAGAAAAUUAAAUGUUGAAGAUGCCGAUGUAGAUUCAGAUGAAGUAAAAUAUAAGGACAAAGUAUUUAAUAGUGAUGACGAUUCGGAUGCAGAAAUUUCAAAUGAUUUAACUCAUGAUAAAAAAGCAGUUCUGGAAUUCAUGCGAACUGCACUACUUUCUGAAUUGCUUUUGAUACCACAAUGUUCUCAAAAAAGAGCAGAAGCGGUAAUGGAAGCAAGGCCAUUUGAAAAUUGGAGAGAUCUGGUUUUGAAAUUUCAAAAUAAUAAGUAUUUGGAUACAGAACUUUUAAAUUCAACACAGGAACUAUUGGCUACAAGACAAGUAAUAGAAUCUCUUAUGAAAAAAUGCAUUCGUUUGUCUACAAAUUUGGAAAAAGCAGUUGCUGCUGGUGCAUCUACUAUAAAACAGCAACCAAGAGGAUUGUCACCGAGAUUAACAUUAGCGCCAUAUCAAAUGAUUGGUUUAAAUUGGCUUGCAGUUAUGCAUGCUCAAAAUGUAAAUGGUAUACUUGCAGAUGAAAUGGGAUUAGGAAAAACUGUUCAAGUAAUAGCUUUUCUUACAUAUCUAAAUGAAGCAGGACUUAAUGAUGAAAAGGAUGGACCUCAUUUAAUAGUUGUUCCAAGCUCAACAAUGGAAAAUUGGUGUAAUGAAUUAGAAAGAUGGUCACCUGGUUUAAAAGUUGUUCAAUAUUAUGGUUCUCAAGAUGAACGUAAAGAAAUGAGAAUGUCGUGGCGAAAUGGUGAUCUUGAUGAUGUAGAUGUUUUAUUAACUACUUAUAAUUUGAUCAGUAGUACUCCAGAAGAGCGUAGAUUAUUUCGUGUUAUGCCAAUACAUUAUGUAGUUUUUGAUGAAGCUCAUAUGCUUAAAAAUAUGAGUACUAUUAGAUAUGAAAAUCUGGUUAGAAUUAAUGCUAAACAUCGUAUUCUUUUAACUGGUACCCCAUUACAAAAUAAUUUACUGGAAUUGAUGUCUCUUUUGAUAUUUGUAAUGCCUUCUUUGUUUGCUGGCAAACAAGCAGACAUAAAAAGUUUAUUUUCAAAGAAUUCUAAAAUGUCAUCAGACAAAACAAAUAAACAACCCUUGUUUGAACAACAACAAGUUAAAAAUGCAAAACAAAUAAUGCGCCCUUUUGUCCUUCGGCGACUUAAAUCAGAAGUUCUUUGCGAUUUACCUGAGAAAACGGACGAAGUGAUACGAUGCACUUUGACCAAGAAGCAAGAUCGUAUGUAUAAAAAUUUAGUUGAGAAAUUCUCUGUUGAAGCUAAUGAAAGCGCUGAAGUGAAUGGAGUUGGUAUGAUGAUGCAACUAAGGAAACUUGCAAAUCAUCCACUCUUAGUUCGAGAUUAUUAUAAAGAAUCACAGCUUAAGAAUAUAGCAAAAAAAUUAGCUGCAGAGCCUGGAUAUAAACAAAAAAAUCCAGAUUACGUAUUUGAAGAUUUGUUCUGGAUGUCUGAUUAUCAAAUAAAUCAGUUAACACGAAUAUAUAAAAGUUUGGGUGGAUUUGGAUUACCUCAAGAAUUUAUACCCGAAGCUGGCAAAUUAAAAAAACUAGAUGAACUCCUACAAAAUUUAAAAGAAAAUAAUCACAGAGUAUUGAUUUUUAGUCAGUUUACAAUGGUAUUAGAUAUUCUGGAAGAAUAUUUAACUAUUAGAGGACACAGAUAUUUAAGAAUGGAUGGAAGUACACCUGUAACGGAAAGACAGUCUCUUAUAAAUGAAUACACAGAAGACAAUAGUAUAUUUGUAUUCUUAUUAUCUACAAAAGCAGGUGGACUAGGUAUUAAUCUAACAGCUGCUGAUACCGUUAUAAUUCAUGAUAUAGAUUUCAACCCAUAUAAUGAUAAACAGGCAGAAGACCGUUGUCAUAGAGUGGGUCAAGAAAAACCCGUACGUAUACUAAGACUUUUGGGGCAAGACACUAUAGAGGAAGGCAUGUAUGAAAUAGCUCAAGAAAAACUUAAUCUUGAGCAACAGCUUACUGGUAGUGAAGAAGGGGAGAAUACAGAUAAAAAAAGUGUUCUAAAAUUAUUAAAAAUGACACUUGGACUUGAUCCACACAAUAGAUCAUUAUCAUUAUCACCAACAAAAAAUUCUAAUAAAAUACACAGCGAACUUGUAGAAAAUCAAGCAGACAGUGAUAUAGAAUUUUGAUUAAUACGUUUUUCUGUAUGGAACAGAAUAAUAAUUUAUAAAAGGCAAUGUAUCGACGCACAUCAAAGAAGAGGCAUAUUUAUAUCAAUGCAUUUUGUAUCAACACAAUGUCACUUAUAGAAUUUAUAUAUAUUAUUUAAUUUCUAUAAUACACUUUUGUAGGGUAGCUUUCCAGGAAUGUUUAUAAUAAUUUUCUUAUUUACAUAAAAAUAUGAAUUUGUGUUAUCAUUAGAAACACAAGAAAUCUACUUUAAAAAAGUAGACAAAUAUAUUUCUUUCAUUUUUUUUUUCUUUUUUUUUUUUUUUUAUCGACAAGGUAUACCUACAAUUUUUCAUCAAAUUAAUCUUAGGUAUUCUAUCUUAUUUAUGUUUUUUAAUCUACAAUAACAAAUAUUAAACUUUUAAUAAAAUUCUUAUUCAUCAAAUAAUAUGGCAGCUGUAUUGCAAUUUUAAUAGUAUACGAAUUUUUGUAUGCAUUAUAUUUUUAGCAUAUUUCAAUGAAAUGUAGGUACAUAAUAGAAAAAGUAAUAAGUAAAUGCAUACGUACAUCUGAACAUGGGACCAUUGUGAUACAAUUUUUGUACUCUGACUUGUUUCCAUAGCUACCUACCACUGCCUUGAUUACUGUACUCACAUAAUCGGUAUAAUAAUCUAUAUGAAUAAUGAAAGAGUAAAUAUAUUAAAACUUCUAUAAUUUUCAGAUAUUUAAAAAACACAUGCUGCUAUUAUUUUAUUUUUUAUCUAAUUAUUUUUUAAUUUUUAUUAUAUUUACAUUUGCUAUUUACAUUCAUCAAGAUUUAACUGUUUAUGCAAUUUAAGAAAAAUAUAUUCGCAUUAUUUAUUUUAUUUCGAUAAAAAUGUAUGAUAAUACGGAUAAAAAAAGAAAAAAUAUAUAAUAAUUUUGGAAAGUUACCCUCCAUCUACCGUACGUAAUAUAACAUUUUUUUAUUGAUAUUCUAAAUAAAUCCAUUAUAGAAGA